AUGUUUGAUUCAAGUUUAAAGCAUGCUUGCAUGCUUCCAAAGCCCCCACAUUAUCUCAACCUGUAUCCGACUGCUGGAUUUUUGAAGCGUCAGAUUUACAAAUAUCGGAAUCUAACACUACCGGUGGAAUGGCAUCACGGCAGUGCCCAGUUCAUCAGAAGCCAGAUGGCAUUGAGGCUUGAAUGGGAUCGGCAAGUCGCCUUAAAUAACUGGCUAAUUUGGCAUCCCUACAGCACUAUCAAGUUUUAUUGGGACUUUUACUUUGUGUUAAUUACAUUCGCUGCCAUGGGGUAUAUGCCGAUGCAGGUAUUUCAUGGCUGUCCGGAUCCCUACGAUUAUUUCAUCUUAUACGCCGAUGCGAUCGCAUUUAUUAAUGUGAUAAUAUGCUUUAUCACCGGGUACCUAGACGAAGGACACAAAAAGAUCAUUCUAGAACCGAAGUUGAUCAUCAAACAAUAUUUGAAGACCAAUUUCAUUUUCGACCUCAUCGGUUGCCUGCCGUUACAAAUGAUCCAGCCAUUCCACGAUUGUCGUUAUCCGUCGCACACAAUAUUCCUCAUUUUCAAACUAUUCCGGCUCGUUUCUCUGGACUAUCAAAGCGUGAACCUUUUGAAUCAACUAGGCUUGUCGUACAUAACGAAAGAAUUCCUUUCUGUUGUGGUGCAGAUCGUAAUGUUUUUCCACUGGAUGGCCUAUAUACAUUAUCAAAUGCCAGCUUUCUGCGUUAAUCUGUACGCAAUGGACGACUACUUGCAGCGCUGGAUGAAUAGAUUUGCGGUCAACGCCGGCAUUCCGAUGUUUCAGAAGUACACGAUCAAUCUCUUCUACGUCUGCAGUUUGUGCGUGGGCGCAGGGUAUUACACGCCCCUCGAAGGCCACUCGCUACUUAGAAUGAUCCAGACCACAGCGAUAAGUUUGACCGGUCUGAUUUUCCUUACGUACGCCUUCAUGAAGCUGCUCCGUCUGACUAUGUACCAGCAGUUCGAGGUGAACGUAUUUUACGGUAGAUACAAGGAGCUAAGGGACUACAUGAACCUAAAGAAGCUCCCGACUUGUCUACAGAGGAAGAUCGAUCACUUCAUUAAUUAUAAAUACAACGGACAUUAUUUUAAUGAACGACACAUUUUGGAUACAAUCAACGAACAAAUAAAGCAGGACAUAAACAUGUACAGUUGCAAGACGUUGAUGAAUAAUGUACCGCUGUUCCGGGAUAUGCCUGUCGCUUUGAUUAACAGCAUGAUAUUUAGCUUGAAACGGAAGUUCUAUAUGCCGGGACAGAUGGUGGUGAAGUACGGUCAGCCCGGAAGAUCGUUUUAUUUGAUCUCUUCUGGUACCCUUACAGUAUUAGACUCGAAGGACAAAGAGAUGGCCCAUUUAAGGGACGGUUCGUACUUCGGCGAGGGAGCUAUACUACGACCCGGUAUAUUAAGGAAGGCGACAAUAAUAGCCCUAGAGAUAACUGAAAUAUACAAGUUCACAGCUGAAGAUUUUCAGGAAUGUUUACGUCCAUAUCCACACUACAAGAAGCAGCUGGAGGAGACGGCCGCUCGUGCGGCUGCGAGGAGCCAGAGCUCUUGA